AUGCCCACGACUCAGCUACCCUUCGAAGAGCUCACGCGCCUGUGCAUCUGCGCCAAUCUCUCGAGCUUAGAUGACAGCAUAAACUUAUCAUUUCGACCGUCACCCCAAGACGCUAGGGUGCCACAGUCGUCCUUUCCUUCCGGCUACCAACUCAACCUUGAGACCAUGACUACGGCGACUGGAACGACGCUUGUCAUCUCUCUUUCCCAAGUCAACCAAGGCCUCGAAAAUCAAGCGAAUGUCGCAGCCAGUGCGCAGAGACCCAGAAAUCAAAAUUCGGAUGUGCUGGACCCCGGAACCACAUCGGCUUUCGAGUUCGCCAGCGCCGCAACCCCUCACGAACAUUCCAUGCGGCAGGGCCUCCCCUUGCCUGAUCCCUACGCCUGGGCCGACUAUGACGGACUGGAUGGGAUAUAUUCUGCCACGGACGGCAUGCACGCACACAACUUGCUGGAUAUGACCGCAAUGGAUCGUCUUCUUUUUUGCAACGAUAUUCCAGAAUUCACCAGCGCUCUUCAAGGCCCAUAUACCCCUUCGACGUCGACGCAAGGGGAUCUAGCUCAACAACCGCCUUCGCCCCCGUCUAGCUCCCCUUCCCCCUCGCCGCCAUCUUCAAGCAGCAGCUCUGCAUGCGACCCCCCAAAUUCGCCUUCACGGAAGCGCAAGAAUGCGAGUGUGGUGAAGGGGCGUAGCUUCCCGUGCACUAUGGGAUGCGGCGAGGAGUUCUCUCGGCAGCACGACCGCUUCCGUCACGAGGUGCUUAAACACGAACGGUCGUGCCGGUGGGUGUGCGAUACCUGCCACAGAUUCUUCGGCUCGCAGAAGAAUCUGGAGAGGCAUGUUUGCAAUACGAAGUCUCGCUGGGUCGCACCUGCAAAAGCUGUACAAUAG